CCAGCUGCUUCCUUAUUACUUUGGUAUUGAGAGUUCUACGACUUCACUCCACAAUGCUCAGAGUACUGAUUUUCUCCGCACUACUGGCUGUGGCUCUAUGUCAUGACAGCAGCAGUGAAAGCCAUGAGCAUCUUGCAGAGAAGCGAGGCCACUGCCCACCCGUGUCCAGUAACUCUUCCGUCUCAGCUUGUUCUACACCAUGCACGAAUGGAACUAACUGCACAAUUGCAAACUGCUCAUCUGACACUAACUGCACAGGAGCCCAGAAGUGCUGUAACACUAACUGUGGACUAAUGUGUGUGGAUCCUGUGUACAAGACAAUUUGUGAGGAGGAUAAUGACUGCGAAGGAACACUUGUCUGCUGUAAGAAGAGCUGUGUUCCAGAGUGUGCACCUCUCAAGCCAGUGAAACCACCCAAGAAACAUGGAAAAGAAUGGAAAAGAAGAUAAAAUGAAUGGUAGAUCCAGGAUGAUCGUCCGGUUUGACAGACUACACAGCAAAUGUUCAUAAGAUGAUUAUAAAGCACAAACUAUUAAAAUGUUGCAGAAAUGCCAA